AUGAAUGAAUUUGAUAACGAGAGAGAUGCCAUAAAGAAUAGUUCUCGACUCCACGACCAGAUUCAUUAUUAUCUUGAAGAACUAGAAGGAUUGAGCGAACAGGCUUCACCGUCAAUUCUGACAUAUGACAGACACGUCCUUAUUAAUGCAAAUUCCAGCAAAAUCAAUGGUCUCAUCAAUGAAUUUGAAAUGAAUCCCAAACUUCUUGAUACUUCACUAGAGAGUUACAUCCAUCUAUUGGCAAAUUUAUACCUAGCUCAAGAAUCACUCCGUUCUGUUAUCGGGGGAAUUGUUUAUAAUUUUGGAAAAGUUCGAGGGUUUAAGAUUAUUAUUAAUUACUUUCCAAGCGAAUUAUACCUAAUCAACAAGCUAAUCAGAAUAACUAAAGAAACCCCAGAUGAACUUUCUGUGUUUGUGGGGUUAUGUUGGUUGUGCACCCUAAGUCUUUUACCGUUUUCGUUAAGCUCCAUUGAUAAGACAAUACCCCUGACGAUAUACAACAUAGCUAUGAAAAAUUUACUGAAAUAUUCAAAUGGAAGUAAGAACCAAGUUAUGUCCCUGAUUUUGCUAUCAAAAUUGUUAGUCCGUAAAGAUUGCACUGAGUUCUUUGAACUAUUUUUCCAGGGUAUCGAAUUAUCCCAUUGGAUUGGAUUGGAUGAUACGCACAAGGUGGGUCACUAUUUGACUAUUAACAAGAUCCUAAAACUGAAGAUUCUGCUUAACAGUGAACAAAUGACGAAAAUAUACCAGUGCAUAACUAAUGAUAUUUUGCUACAAUCAAGUCCUUCUAACUUGAAUUUAUUGUUUCUGAUCAAGAUACUUAGCAAACUAUCCAUAAAUUACGUCCAGAUGAGGGAUUUCCAUAUGGUUGAAUUGAUUGUCAAUAUUUUGAUCAAUGAUAUUUUGCUAGAAAUCACCAAUCUUGACUUUAAUUUACGUUACAGCAUGGCUAAGGCAUUAAGUAAAAUCGUGGCUUCAUUGGCGGAACCGGCUGUCAAUUACAAACAGCAGUUGAUAGACUUUGUGUUCUCCAAUUUGGAUGUAAUUGAUGACGAAAUAAGUAUAGCCAAAAAUCACACCAUAUUAUUAACUUUUGGUUAUUUAGUAUUAAACAGGGCUAUCCAGGGUGAGUAUGUUUCCCGUUUAGUCAAUGUUGUUCAUAAAUCAGUAUUUUUACAAAUCAGGAACCAACGAGUCGAUAUGGGAAGUUGUAUUCGAGACUCAUCGUGUUUUAUUAUAUGGUCACUAGUCAAGAACAACAAUAACUUAAAUUCUGAACAAUUAGCUUUAAUAUUCAAUGAUUUGAUAAAAGUAUUGACCUUUGAUAAGGAAUUGGUUUUGAAGAAAUGUAGCAUUGCUAUAAUACAGGAGUUAAUAGGAAGGUAUGGUACUACUAUCUUCCAGAAUAAUGAUUUCAAUAGUGAAGAGUUGGGACAAUUCAUAGUGAAUUUUUUGGAAGCCAUCAAUUGUGUUAAAUUAAAAGCAAGAAGUUCUAAUUAUGGUGUUAUCGAUUUGCUAUUUGAUACUAUUGAUUUGGGAUUCUUGUUGCCUCCUUUAUUGGAUGAAAUAUGUGAAACUUCUGGAGAUCUGGGCGAAGAGGCAAAGUAUUUGAAUAAAUUACUAUUGCAGCCAAAGAACUUGCUAGUGGUAGGCACUAGAUAUACUAUUGAUUUACAGGAAAUCUCAUAUAAAUUAGUGAAAGGAAAUCGUUGGCAAUACUUAUUUGCAUUACCUCAGAUCCCACAUGAUGAAUUAUCAAGAAAGUUUUCGAGUUUUGAAUUCCAGCAUGACCAUAACUUGCUUAAGGGUUAUUUGCUUUACCUUGUAUAUUCCAAUGAGAUGAAUGAUUUGCAUUGGGACAAUUUCAUAAAAAUAAUUAAACAUAAUGAUACGUCAUUUGUUGAAGAAAUUGGGCAGUUUUUGAAAUCUUGUGAUUCGAUGCCAAAUGCUAAAGAGCUUCUCAUUAUUGUCAGAGCUAACACUGUGUUAUCAAGAGUCAUAUUUAACUUUAAUCAUUGGACUAAAGAACAAGUACUGGUACUUGUAUCAGCUAUGAAGAAUCCAGCAGUUGAUAUUGAGAUACGAAAGAAUUUGCUAGAUAAUCUAUGUGAGAACUACCAACGGUAUCCUGUCAUAAACGAACUUUACCAGUUGUUUGACGAUUACACUACAACGAUACAAGGUGAUGUAGGAAGCAAGUUGAGAUUUUCUAUGCUUGAAUUGGUUUCCGAACAUAACUUGAUGGAUGAAGAGAUUAGGCGCAAGCUAAUUCGAUUAUCGGGUGAAUUGAUGGACAAACUCCGAUAUCUUUCCUUUGAGUUGAUUUCUAGGGGUCCUAUAAGUGAUGAAAAUUCGUACUGGAGAUGCCUUUUUGACUUUUACACAACUAUAACGGAUCAUGAAGAAAAAGAGCAGUUUUGGAAGGGGUGCUGUUUUACUAUUGGUAGUUUUAAAGGUAAUUCCAAGGUAAUCAACCAAUCAUUUUUAGAAUUACUUAGAUAUGAACCUAAAACUGAAGAUCUAGUGAUAUGUUUAGACAUACUAGAGCAAGCAUCUACAUCCGUGAGAGAACAAAAGUUGAAGCUUAUGAUGUUACAAAUGUUUCUUAAAUUAUUUCAAAGCAAUUUUCAAUUUCAUGAUUCAUUAGACUAUAAUCGAUUAUUUGCAAUAAGCUAUAACAUAUACCAAACUGGAAAAAAUGCAACACAAGCAAUAACGAUAUUGAGAAUAUUAUAUCAUAUAUCGACCAAGAAAGCCAUUACUGUCAAUUUAAAGUCAAAAAUAUAUCAAAUAUUCACCAGGAUAAUUGACGGUCGAUUCUAUCAAAAACUAAAAAUCAAUGACAUUCUUUUGCAAUUACUCAUUGAUAAGAAUGUCGAUUUAGAUAGAUAUCAGCAAAUAGACUGGACUCAUUUGAACGCAGAUGAUAAGCUUUAUCUAAAAAACUUCCUUCUUCUGGAUCUACAAACCAAUAGCUAA